AAAGAAUUCUGAGCUUCCCAGUUCCGAAGUUCGAACCUAGUCAAUUCGAAAUGGCUCCUGUGUGAUUCAAGCUUCCCAGUGCGCAAAGACUGAUCGAAGACCCAGAAGAAAAAGGGAAAUAAGGCAUUGAAUAAAUUUGCGUGCCCGUUUCGAAGUUUCAACUUUCAUGGAUUUCGUUUUUUCAUCCAAGUUAGUGUUUUACACGUUCCCAUCGUUCUUGGUCCAAUUCGCCGCGUAAACCCUUUUGACAAGAUAAGCACGCAAUUAGUGCCCAUCAUCUUACUAUUUGGGGGAAUGGAGAACUUGCGUUGCCAGGGCAAUUUAAUAUGAGUAGCAAUGGCCAAUCUUCCGUUAACAGCUAUAACAUCAGAGACUUAAUCUGCAACGCCGGCGCUGGUGCCUCAGCUGGGGCAAUAGCGGCCACAUUUGUGUGCCCAUUGGAUGUCAUCAAGACUAGACUACAAGUUCAUGGUCUUCCCCCUGGGCAGACAGGCAGUGUUAUCAUCACAAGUUUGCAGAAUAUAGCCAGAACUGAAGGUUUCAGGGGGCUGUAUCGUGGACUUUCACCAACAAUACUAGCAUUACUUCCAAACUGGGCGGUUUACUUCACAGUUUAUGAGCAACUAAAAGGCCUGCUUCGUUCACGUGAUGGUUGCCACCAACUCACAACUAGUGAAAAUAUGAUAGCUGCUGCCGGUGCUGGAGCAGCCACAGCAAUUUCAACAAACCCAUUGUGGGUUGUUAAGACCAGACUUCAAACACAGGGAAUGAGGCCAAAUGUCGUUCCUUACAAGAGUGUUCUUUCUGCUCUGACAAGGAUUACUCGUGAGGAAGGCAUGCGAGGAUUGUACAGUGGCAUCUUGCCUUCAUUGGCCGGCAUAAGUCAUGUUGUAAUACAAUUCCCAUCUUAUGAAAAGAUUAAGUCAUACAUGGCAAAAAAGGAAAACACUACAGUUGACAAGCUAAGUCCGGGAAAUGUUGCCAUUGCUUCUUCAAUUUCCAAAGUAAUUGCCUCUGUAAUGACUUAUCCUCAUGAGGUGAUACGAUCCAGGCUACAGGAGCAAGGACAGGCCAAAAAUAUCAAGGUCCGGUAUGGAGGGGUUGUUGAUUGCGCUAAGAAGGUGUUCCAGAAGGACGGCUUUCCAGGCUUUUAUCGGGGUUGUGCUACCAAUCUGUUGAGAACAACUCCAUCGGCUGUCAUCACAUUCACCAGUUAUGAAAUGAUAUACAGAUUCUUCCAUCGUUUUGUUCCUCAGGACAAUGUAUAUCCACAAGGCUAUCCUAAAUCUACUGAUAUUAACAAGCCCAAGCCGGAAGACAGUGAUGACAUGAAGUUUGAAAAAGGCCCUAUGGUAUGAUUCUAGUUGGUAAGCAUGGGACUGGGGUUCAUCUCUAUCCUCGUGGAGUGAAGCUUGUGCUAAGUGGAAUCUGCCAUGGCUGAGGUCUUGGGCUCUAGUAAAUAUCAACUGUUAUAAAUUUUUGUCGGGGAGUCGCUGUUCAAAAGCCACGUCAAAUUCUUGUACCUUCAAUGGGAGACUCAAGUUUCAUAGCUACAAUCAGACCCAGAAUGGCGGUCAUCACCAUCUCAAUCUGAUGGGUGAGGAAGCUUCAUCAGUUCUUCUAGGAAAUAAAGAGCGGCUAACUUGAUGUUGAUACUUGAAGUUAUCUUCCUAAGUAAUGUUUAUUCUCUCUCUUUCUCUCUCUGGGAUUUGUAACUGUAAGUGGCCGGAUUUUUCUUUUCUAUGAUGCAAAUUCUUUGAUUUAUCAUAAAUGGUGGAGUAUGUUGGCUUUGCCCCCACCAAAAGACGAAUGGGGUUUUUUGUUGAGUAAGGAUAGGAAAUUUUUCUUGGGUAGAAUGAGUCUUAUCUUCGGUAAUUGAUGAGAUAUCUAUUUGUGUUCCCUCUUUAUGUUGCAAAAUUCAAUAUCAAAAUAUAUGGAAUAACUGUCCCUAUUAUUAU